CAGAGUGGGAUUCCAAUGAAGAUGUCAGGGCUAGGCUACGGGAUGGCCUGACCUUGGUGAUGAGCAAGGACAGAGGCAAGGACUCCAGCAUUCAGCAGUGCACUUCCAACAUGGACAUCCUCCCACCGAUGUUACAUAGGCUGUAUGCCUGUGGGCUCAAGAUGCCGGAGAUCAACAAAGUCAAGGAGCAGUGCGAGAACACCUACGCCCGGUCUUCCAAAGCUGCUGAUGACAGCUGCGUUGAAGACGACGCAUGGGAGUUGAGGAAAAUGCUGAGGUUUAUAAAGCGAAAGGCGAAUCGCCAGGAAGACACAGACUUUCACGAACUGCUCCUGAUUAUCGCCCCGCAUCUGGAGGAGAGAAUCAAGGAGGUGAUGGCAAAGGCCAAGAGCCAGAACAUCUCGGAUGAGGACAGGCCCUGCAGCCCCGUCUCCUGCAACAUCAGCAGCUUCGCUUGUGAGGAAGUGAAGUCCCAAAUGCUUUACCGGCGUGUCAAGAUCUUGGAGGAACUCUUGCAAAAGAAGAAUGCGUUGUUGUUGAUUCAGAGCAAACAGUCGGUCAAGCCCGGAACCCCUCCCAGUGUCGCCGAUGGUCCGAAGCUGAACCCUUCAGGAGCCCCUGGUCCUAUCAGUCCAGAUGAUGUGGACACUCAGCCCAUGUUGGAGACUCCAGUGGUCCCCCCAGAACCUUCACCACCAAAGGCUCCCAGCUUUGAAGAGCCCAGUGUGAAAAGGCAAAAGUAUCAGCGAGGGAGGGGAAAGUCUCCCACGAUUGAACUUCAUCCGGAGGUGGCAUCCGGGGGAUCUACACCUGUGCCCGCUCAACCCAUCGAGCCUGAAGUUGAAAUCGAGAAGCCAAAGACUGAGGAAGUGGUGACUCGUCGGGAUCAGCUAGCUUCUAAGGCAAAGAAGAAGGAGGAUGAACCCAGAGGUGGCCGCGGCCGUGGGCGGGGCAAAUCAAGAGGUCGUGGUAAAGGUCCAGGACGUGGUCGGGGUCGUGGGAACCGUGCAGAACCAGCCACACCAGAAGAUGAAUGUGAUGAUGAUGAAGAGAUGGAAGGUGAGGAUGGUGAGGGGUGUGAAAAUGGAGAGAAGGGUGAAGUGGAUCCUGUUGAGUUGGGAAAGGUACCCAAGAAACUUCGGCCGUUUGUUGCCCCGAAGCCCGAGACUUCCCGUGCUGCAUCGUCUUCCAAGCCACGCGCUUCCCGUGCAUCCUCUUCCAGGCCAAAGCCUUCUGCGAAGGCCAAGGCUUCCAGUGAGCCCAAGACUUCCCGUGCAUCUUCUCCCAAGGACAAGAAGGAGCCCAAGACUUCCCGUGCAUCUUCUUCCAAAGCCAAGAAGGAGCCCAAGACUUCCCGUGUUUCAGAGGACAAGGGGACUGUGAAGGCUUGCUCCGAAGGUGAUGGGGGAGAGCCCAUGGAAUCUAACAAGAGCAAGCCGAAGAUGAAAGCGAACAAGAAGAGAACUAUUUCUGAGAAUGGUUCCAGCAGACCUGCGUCCAGGCCACGCAGGAGCCGAUCCGUGCCGUCCAGGGACGGGAAUUUGCAGAAGGAGAUCAAAGAAAUCCAGUCUUUUACGGAGGCCUUGGAUUACCACAACCUGGAGUUCGAUGAUUUGAAGUUCUACAUCAAGGAAGCUGUGACCCAACAGUUUGAAUUCAAGAUCACGCAGCUCAACAUCUACUGGAAGACUGCUCGCUGUGGAAUCAGGAUGUAUCGAGCCGAUGGAAAGUCCACUGAUCCCUUCUCUUUCACAUUCCCAUCAGAUUCAGGAGGGCAUCUCUUGAGGCUGGUUGUUUCUGUUGCCACAGCUGCGCACAUGGUGACUAGUUUGUAUUUGCAUAUCGAAAACAUGUUUUACGUUUUUGUAGGUUGA